UGGUAGCUUUGCUUUUUUUAUUUUACAACUCUUUUUCACUUUUAUUUUUUUUUCUUCUUCUCUUUUCUUUAUUGCUCAUUUCUCAAGGAAAAAAAGAAGAAGAAAGAAGAGACCUUUUCUCAGCUUUCAUCAUUCUUCUCUUUCAAUUCAGUGUUUUCCUUUUUUUCAAGUUUCCAAAUUGGGUUUUCAUUUCCAGCCUUUUUUGUGUAUAAGCACCACCUUUGUCAACUUCUCCUUUUUUUUUUCCUUAGUUGGGUUAUCGAGGAAGUUCAAGUUCAGUGUUAGUUGUUUCAGUUACUCUAUAAAAGAGAGGAAAAAAUAUUAUAAAUAUAUUCUAUGUUAAAAUAUAUAUAGAUUUCCUAUCCCAGUUUCCUUCAUUUUUUUUCUGGGUAUUUGCUCUUUUGCAGUUUUUUCCCUUCUGUUGAAAAUUUCACAGUUUUAGAUCUUAAUCGUGGACUUGUGGUGUUAGGUUUUUUUUUUUUUUUUGGAUGGUUCGAGUGUUUUUACUUUGAUAGCUACAGAAUUUUGUAGUUCUUCACUUCUUUGAAAUUCUUAUUUUUUUGAAAGUGGGUAUUUUCUAGAUUCCUCAAGGAUUGCCUAUACACCGAAAAAAAGGUAUUCUGAUUCCUUGCAAAUGCUCCCUGAUUUAACGCUGAUAUUUUCCCUUUUAUACCCUAUCGCUCUGCAUUUUCCCUAUAGUUUUUUGCUCUGUUUUAAACUCUUAUCCAGUGCUACCACUGGAAUUCCAUUCUUCAAGCGAUCAAUCAUCUGAAACGAUCAGUGAAUUAGGAGCUUGUUUGGACAAAAAAGAUUUCAUGUUUUGGUAGUUUUUUUUUUUUUGCUUAAAUUUAAUGUUAUGAAGUGGGAAAUGGAAAUUCUGUCUCCGGCAUCUUAUCUCUCCAGCACAAAUUGGUUUGGUGAAGAGAGUAAGAGCACGAAAUGGACAUCAGCAGAGAACAAGAUGUUCGAGAAUGCCUUGGCGGUUUACGAUAAAGAUACUCCCGAUCGAUGGCAGAAAGUGGCUGAGAUGAUCCCAGGGAAGACGGUGGGAGAUGUGAUCAAGCAAUAUAGAGAAUUAGAAGCUGAUGUUAGCAGUAUAGAAGCAGGGCUGGUUCCAAUCCCUGGAUAUAGCACCUCCCCAUUCACAUUGGAUUGGGUGAAUAGCAAUGGCUAUGAUGGAUUAAAACAGUCCUAUGGACUUGGCGGAAAGAGAUCCUCAUCAGGCAGGGCUGCAGAUCAUGAGAGGAAAAAAGGGGUUCCUUGGACAGAAGAGGAGCAUAAAUUGUUUUUGAUGGGGCUAAAAAAGUAUGGCAAAGGGGAUUGGAGAAAUAUAUCACGCAAUUUCGUUGUCACUCGAACACCGACUCAGGUGGCUAGUCAUGCUCAGAAGUAUUUCAUUAGGCAGCUUUCUGGAGGGAAGGAUAAGAGAAGAGCUAGCAUCCAUGACAUAACAACGGUCAAUCUCAACGACAUGAGAACUCCUUCACCGGACAAUAAGGGAACUCCUUCACCCGAACAGUCUUCGGUGCUCACUCAGCAGCCAAAUUCUGCUGCCAUGCCCAGAACACACUUUCAAUGGAAUCCGCCUUGUGGUGGGGCAACAAUGGCUUUCAAUUCAACACAAGGAAGUAUGUUGAUGUCUUCUCCUUACGGGGUUCCCUCCUAUGGAUUGAAAAUGCAGGGGCAGAGUCUGCAAAGAAGUGCUGCUCAUGAGUCCUAUUUUGGACCUCAAAAUUUGGUUUUUCAGAUGCAAUCGGCCGAGCAAUAUCCGCAAAACCACCUAUUCUGAGUUUCACCUGACUAGAUAAGCCAUGCCUUCUUUCAGUUGAUUAUUAUAGCUGUCUAUGUACUUUUUAUGGUUUUAUGUGAAUAUAUUAUCAACAAUUCGAGUUUAGUCCAUAGCAUUCAAGCAGGAGGGGAUAGGAUUGAGUUUGGCUAGGAAUUACAGACCAUGAAAUGUGAAACUCUGAAGGAAGAUUCUUAAACAAGGAUUUCCCUUGUAUUAGAUUCUGUAGUUGAAUCUGAUUGUGCUUGAUGAAAUUGUUAUGCUAUUUGGUAA